AUGUCUAAGACACGGGCUUCUCCUCUUGUGCUUUCUUUUUAUUUCGGCUGUGCAUCUUGUGGAAAGGUGCUGCUGUGGCCAAUGGAAUAUAAUCAUUGGAUCAAUUUAAAGACAAUAUUGGAUGAACUUGCUCAGAAGGACCAUGAAGUGACUGUGCUAGUAUCUUCAGCUUCCAUCCUUGUGGGUCCCAAUAAGCCAUCUACCCUUAAAUUUGAGGUUCACCCUACAUCCUUCACUAAGAAUGAGCUUGAUUUACUUUUUAUAAAAUGGAUCAAGAUAUGGACAUAUGAGUUACCAAAGAGUACAUUAUGGGCACAUGAUCCAAAGAUGCAAAAAACAUAUUAUGAAUAUUCUGAUACUGUUCAAAAGCUCUGUGAGGAUGCAGUUUUGAACAAAAAACUUGUGAAAAAACUGCAGGAAUACAGAUUUGAUGUUGUUCUUGGACAUGCCAUUUCUCCUUGUGCCGAGCUGCUGUCUGAACUACUUAACCUACAUUUGGUCUACAGUCUUUGACUUACCACUGGCAAUACAUAUGAAAAAUUCUGCGGAGGGCUUAUAUUACCUCUUUCCUAUGUACCUGUUAUCAUAUCAGAACUUAGUGACAAAAGGACAUUUAUGGAGAGGGUAACAAAUAUGUUGUAUUACCUAUAUUUUGACUUUGCAUUUGAGACUUUUAACAAGAAGUAGUGGGAUACAUUUUACAGUGAAGUAUUAGGAAGACCCACUACAUUGUGUGAAUUGAUGGGGAAAAUUGAUAUUUGGCUGAUAAGAAGCUAUUGAGAGUUUGAAUUUCCCCACCCACUCUUACCAAAUUUUGAAUUUGUUGGAGGACUCCACAGCAAACCUGCCAAACCACUGCCUAAGGAAAUCGAAAAGUUUGUCCAAAGCUCUGGAGAAGAUGGCAUUGUAUUAUUUCGUUUGGGCUCAAUGGUCCAAAACCUUCCAGAAGAAAAGGCUAACAUGAUUGCAUUGGCCCUUGCCCAGAUUCCACAGAAGGUAUGA